AUGAAGAUAACGUGUACGGCCCUGGUGUGUGUCUUCAUUUCACUUUUUCUAAGGACGAGUUGUGUCCAAGCAGUUUUUUCAGAUGAUGCAUUUGUCACAGAUUGGCAAUUGGCUAACUUGGGCCCUUGGGAGAAAAUCAUCCCUGAUGCUCGAGACCGCAACCGGAUUCUCAUUGUGUCCAAUCCCACGGAGACUUCUUCUUUGCUUUCUUCUUUCAAUGUCUCUUCCGGACAGAUUCUUUUCAGAAACGUUUUGCCCUACACCGUUGAUGAGAUCCAACUAGACGACGAUAACCACAACGUUGUGGUUUGCGUGGACUCGUCAAGCCAAAGUUGGCAGAAGUUUGACCUGCACGACUGGUUUUUACUGGACGAAGGCGUAGGUCACGCCCCUGCCUCAACCGCCUUGUCCCAAUAUUCGUAUCCAAACGAUCAAGUAGUUAUUAAGGGCAACGAACUGCACAUCCUCGACAACGAGUCAAGUUUAGCGGAAUGGAAACUGGAACUGCCCCACGGGUUUAACAAGGUGGAAUAUUUCCAGCGUGAAGACCCCUUGGUCUUGGUGCUGAACGUCAACAAUACUCAAUAUUUAGGGUUCUCCGUCAAUGGUACGGAAUUGGUGCCAGCUUGGCAACGGGAUGAAUCGCUGACUAACGUGGUAGACUAUGCUGUGUUGGAUGUUUUCGACUCUAAAGAUUUGGAAUUGAAUAAUGAUAUGAUCGCUGAACGUGAUUCUUCUUCACUUUGGAACGCUUACUGGCUCAGAGUGACGACUAAUUGGAACCGCUUCAUGAAUCUAUUGAAAGAAAACCAUUUUUCACCCGGUCGUGUUUUUACAAGGCUCUUAGCGUUGGACACCAAAGAUACCACUACAUCAGACUUAAAAUUUGGGUUUGCAAAAACCUUAAUUGUUUUGACCCGUAAUGGGAUCGUCGGCGGCCUUGAUAUGGUCAAUAAGGGCCAAGUUGUUUGGAAACUUGAUUUGCAAAUUGAUCAAGGUAUUAAAAUGUUUUGGAAAGACAACAACCAUAAGGAGCUUAUUGUUUUCUCUCGUGAUGGUCACUAUUUGACAAUAGAUCUCGUUAAUGGUUUACCGGUGAUCAAAUCAAAAGCUUCUUUACUAAGCAAAGGGGCUGUUGAAUCAGUUAUCGAACUAGAUGACAACCAAUGUGAAUACUUGAUUAAAUUUGAUAAUGGAAACCACCAAUUGUUGAAGUUGGAUCCCCUCGUUGACCACACAGACUCCUCAAUAUUCAUCACUGAACAUGACUCGAAUGGCAUAUUUGGUCGCAUGAUAGUGAAUGAUGAAGUUCAAGACACUUGGCAAAGAACCGUGAAGCCAACGGAAAAAAUUGUGGCAUUUAAUAAAAGAGAUGAAACAAACUUAAAUUCUCUUGGUCUAACCUUGGGUGAUAAAUCAGUUCUUUACAAAUAUCUAUACCCAAAUUUAGCGGCUUACUUAGUCACUAAUAAAGAACAUCACACCAUCACUUUUAACCUAAUUGAUACCAUAACCGGUGAAGUCUUGAUCACUCAAGAACACAAGGAUUCCCCAGAUUUCAGAUUACCAACAGAUAUUGUGUUCGGUGAAUAUUGGGUCGUUUAUUCCUAUUUCAGUUUAGACCCUGUUCCAGAACAGAAAUUGGUAGUCGUAGAACUAUACGAAUCACUAACGCCAGACGAACGUUUCUCCAACACAAGAAGAUCUUACGAUCCAUUAACUGGUCAAACUAACAAGCUUCAACAUAUCGCUAAACAGUAUAUUUUCCCCGAAAUAAUCAAAAGAUUGGCAAUCUCCAAAACAACAAAUGACAUUACCACAAAGGCAAUUGUUAUGGAGUUAGAAAAUGGUCAAAUCACUUAUAUACCAAAGCUCGUAUUAAAUGCAAGAAGUAAACCAGAAGAUCAAAUGACUAAUGAAGAUAAAAAGGAAUUUAUGGCCGCCCCAUAUGCGCCGAUCGUCCCAAUUAAUGAUAACUUCGUCAUUACACACUAUAGAAAUCUAAUACUGGGACCCGAUUCCAAGUUAAUUUCCAUUCCAACAAAUUUGGAAUCUACAAGUAUCAUCUGCGAUCUGGGCCAUGAUGUUUUCUGUACAAGAGUCACACCAUCGGGCCAGUUUGAUUUAAUGAGUCCUACUUUCGAAAAGGGUAAACUACUCAUUACUAUAUUAAUCCUGUUGGUGAUUACAUAUUUUAUCCGCCCUUCUGUUUCAAACAAGAAAUUGAAAUCUCAAUGGUUAGUUAGAUAG